AUGUCUUCCAAUUUUGGCGCUCGCAUAUCGUACACGGUGAACUCUUUAGGUAGUCAAACAACUACGAUGAUCAGUCCGACAACUCCAGUGACCAGUAUAAAAAUUUUUAAUUCCACUAACACUGCGCUUGCUAGUUCUACCAGUACAGUUAUUAUACCAGCAGUACAAUCCAAUUAUUCAUCAGCUUUAACAAUGGCAAGCCCACUGUACAGUCGUCCUGACAAUCCUUGGGAUGGCUCUGUCUUUUUCUACGAAGUCAUCCAGCUAAGAGUGACAAUGACAGGCGUCUACAUCAUAUUAUCAAACAGCACCAUCGAUAUGGAAGGUUAUUUGUACAAUAAUACUUUCAACUGGUCGUUUCCCUAUGCGAAUAUACUUGCGAAAGACGGCAAUGCUGCCGGUGACGGACAAUUCAUGCUCAGCGUGAUGCUCAGUUCGAUGAAAAACUAUACUCUGGCUGUGUCGACGUACUGGGCAAGGACGACAGGAGCAUUCUCAAUAAUUGCUAGUGGUCCAUCAGCGGUUGCUUUUUCACUAAUACCACCUCUACCAUACACUCAAUCCAAUUAUUCAUCAGCUUUAACAAUGGCAAGCCCACUAUACAGUCGUCCUGAUAAUCCUUGGGAUGGCUCUGUCUUUUUCUACGAAGUCAUUCAGCUAAGAGUGACAAUGACAGGCGUCUACAUCAUAUUAUCAAACAGCGCCAUCAAUAUGGAAGGUUAUUUGUACAAUAAUACUUUCAACUGGUCGUUUCCCUAUGCGAAUUUACUAGCGGAAGACAACGAUGCUGCCGGUGACGGACAAUUCAUGCUCAGCGUGAUGCUCAGUUCGAUAAAGAACUAUACUCUGGUUGUGUCGACAUACUGGGCAUGGACCACAGGAGAAUUUUCAAUUACCAUCUACGGUCCACAGACGACUAGUAUUUCAUCGACAAACUCAACCAAAAUACAGUCACAAUAUGCGUCGGCCUUAACAUUACUGAGCCCAAAGUUUAACCAUUCUACAAUUACUGAGUCAACGGGCAUAUCUUAUUACCAAGCAAUUCUGAUCAGCGUGGACAUAUCAGGCGGUUAUAGUAUUGCAUCAAAUAGUAGCAUGGAUACACUAGGGUACCUCUACAAUACUACGUUCAAUUCUACAAAACCAAAGGAAAACUUGAUUGACUCAAAUGACGAUGAUGGUGGCAACAGACAGUUCAUGUUUAUAGUAAUGCUACAUUCUGGAAUAAAUUAUACUGUAGUUAUAGCAACAUACUCUGAAGAUGUAAUCGGAUCAUAUGAUAUACUUGCUGAAGGUCCAGGAACCAUGAGUUUUAUAAGUCUAUAG